CAACAGCAGUGAGAGAGAGAUAAGAUUUUGAAGCAGCCAAAUCUUGAGCAAGAAAGCAGCAAUGGCCUCCGCAUCACUCCUCAAGUCAUCCCCCGUGCUCGACAAGUCCGACUUCGUCAAGGGCCAGACCCUCCUCCGCCACCCCUCUGCCGCCGCCGUCGUCCGCUGCGCCCCUUCUCUCGUCUCCAUCCGCGCCUCCUACGCCGAUGAGCUCGUCAAGACCGCGAAAAGCAUAGCGUCGCCGGGGCGUGGGAUUCUUGCGAUGGACGAAUCGAACGCAACGUGCGGGAAGAGGCUGGCGUCGAUCGGAUUGGAGAACACGGAGGCGAACAGGCAGGCGUUCAGGACGCUGCUGGUGACCCCACCGGGGCUGGGCCAGUACAUCUCCGGCGCCAUCCUCUUCGAGGAGACUCUCUACCAAUCCACGGUUGAUGGCCGCAAGAUCGUUGAUGUUCUCAUCGAGCAGGGCAUCACACCCGGCAUCAAAGUUGACAAGGGUUUGGUUCCCCUAGCUGGAUCAAACGAUGAGUCCUGGUGCCAAGGUCUUGAUGGUCUUGCUUCCCGCACUGCUGCUUACUACGAACAGGGUGCUCGUUUCGCCAAAUGGCGUACAGUCGUGAGCAUUCCCAACGGACCAUCCGCCUUGGCCGUGAAGGAGGCUGCUUGGGGGCUGGCCCGUUACGCUGCCAUUUCUCAGGACAAUGGUUUGGUCCCAAUUGUGGAACCAGAAAUCUUGUUGGAUGGUGAGCAUGGCAUUGACACGACUUUUGAGGUUGCCUCAAAGGUUUGGGCAGAGGUCUUUUUCUACUUGGCUCAGAACAAUGUGUUGUUUGAGGGCAUCCUCCUCAAGCCUAGCAUGGUCACUCCUGGUGCACAAUGCAAGGACCGCGCCACCCCCGAGCAGGUCGCCGCCUACACCCUCAGGCUCCUCGGCCACCGGGUCCCCCCGGCCGUCCCCGGAAUCAUGUUCUUGUCUGGCGGGCAAUCCGAGGUCGAGGCCACCUUGAACUUGAAUGCCAUGAACCAGUCUCCGAACCCGUGGCACGUGUCGUUCUCCUAUGCGAGAGCUCUCCAGAACACUUGCCUGAAGACCUGGGCCGGGCGCCCUGAGAAUGUUGCGGCCGCUCAGGAGGCGCUGCUCAUCCGUGCCAAGGCGAACUCCCUGGCCCAGCUCGGGAAAUACACCGCGGAGGGCGAGUCCGAGGAGGCCAAGAAGGAGCUGUUUGUAAAGGGCUACAGCUACUAAGAGCUCACAUCGAAGCAGAGACAAAAACAAAAAUGUGGUGCUGGUUUUUGUUCUAUUACGUUACAUGGGCUUGUUGUUUUAACCACUUCAUUUGAAAACCGAAUGCUGCUGAGGACUAGUUAGUAUCAAUCAUGAUAUAAAUUUUUCCAGACACUGGUUUUGAGCAUAUUAUGGUUAUUACAUGUCUGAAUACGGCAUAAAGAUGUAAGCUUUUUUAUUAUUAUUGGAGUUUGAAUUGCUACCUA